CUCAUUUUGAAAAUUCCCGUAUUAGUAGUUGGACGCUUGAUCUAGUGUGAUCCGCAUUCAAGAUUACAAAAAAGCUAUAAUUAUUUUGUCACUUUAAAUUUCUACACACUCGUGGUAAAUAAUGGCGACUUGGAAAAGUGCAGUUGAACGGUCAAAAAUUGGACAGGGUCAUCAAUUUUCACCUUCUAACCAAUGUGUUGGUGGCGACGCUCCAAUAUUUCAAGGACGGAUGGAACCUUUUCCCCUGCAAAAAAUCGAACCAAUAAUCACAUUUUACAUAAAGAGACACGGCAACACUGAAAAAAUCCUUACCCUGGGUCACGACUCGGAUGAAAGUGUUAUCAGGGAUUAUACUCGAUUUUUGAAACACUUGAGAUGCGGUCGUGUCAUUUUGUUGACGCAUGGAUUCCUCAGCGGAUGUGAUAAAGAUUGGCUGGAAGAGAUGAAGGAUGCGUUACUUGGUGUCGACAAGCAAAUCGUGGCUUUGGUCGGAUGGAAGGGUGGAGCUCAUGUCAUUAAAUAUGACGCGAUGGAUUUAUUUCGCCAACCAAAUCCGUACAUACAAGCGGCCGCGAAUUGUCUGGCGGUGGGUGCGUGGGUGGGGAAAGUGGGGAAAGUGGCGACCUGGUUGGCUAAGGCGAUGGGCUCGGAAAAGGACUGCCUUUGGAGGAUUGGCCACAGUCUCGGUGCUCAUUUGAUGGGGAAGGCUGGAGAAUCGGCUAAGAAGCUGAUGUCGACAUCUCGCCCAGUGUUUGACAGAAUUACUGCACACAAAUUUUGUCAAAUAAUUUACAAAAAUGAUCAAACCCUAUCUAGUAGGAAAUAUCUUGAUCAUCUACGUCGCUUAAACAAUAUCAAGCUCAUCUUGAUUUAACAUAAAUAUAUUGUUUUACAAAUAAUAGUUCGAGUUGAUUAAAUUAUUUCAUCAAUAAAUACCUUAA